CUGAGCCGCUCCUCCACCCCUGUCUCCAGUCCGAGCUGAGAGGUCUGUGUGGACGUAUCGGUGUCUCUGACUGGCAAACCUGCAACUGUGCUCCGAGCUCUCACCACACGGACUGAUUACACACAAGAUGAUGUGGAGUGUUGUGAUCCUGCUGGCUGCUGCCAUCAGUGUUGAGUCCUUUUCUGUCCAUGACCAUGAGCGUUUAAACCAUGGUCGACAGCUGAAGAUCUUCCUGUCCAAGAGCGCGGAGAAGCUGGAGUUCACCCCAGCAGAUGAUCCCAGCAAGACCUUUCUGUACUGGGAGAGAAAUAGAGCCAGGAUGGCCAAAGGUCGGGUGUCUGGCACAGGAAGUGACCGACGCUGGUACAUUGACAAGGUGACUUAUGAGGACCAGGGGACCUACAUCCAGAAGGACUUCUGGAACAAAGAGAUCUCCAACUUCAAAGUGGCCGUCACACCCAGACGUCACUAUGUGAAGUGUGUAGCAGGAGAGAGUCUCUCCAUCUCACUGGAGGGCAUUGACCUGGCCGACGCUGCCCUCUACUUCUACGGGGAGGCUGAAAACGCUACACUGGUGCGUGAUGGUGCUACUGUUUCCCAGGACCUUGCAGCUUACUGGGACCGGGUUCGAACCCACUCCAUGAGCAUCGAGAUCAGGAAUGUGAACUACAGCGAUGUGGGACGUUACGUCCUGAGAGACCGCAGGACCCGGCUGGUGUCUGUAACCAGGAUGGACCUGACAGACCAUCAUGAGUACAAAGAAGGAAACCCUCUCCUGGCUCUGCUCUUACUGCUGGGUAUCCCAGUUGGGAUUUGCUGCUGCUGUCGGAAGAAGAUUUUCAAAAAUAAAGCCACCAGUGCUGCGACACUACAGACACAAGCUGCCCCGGAAGCAGUCCAACCUCAGAGUGGUCCUGUUGGACCUUGUCCUCCCUACCAACCAGGGGCGGUUUAUUACCACGGCUCCGACUCAGGCAUGAGUCCUACAGUCCAUCCUCCCCCUCCGACUGCAGGCCCAGGACAGUGGAAUGGCCCCCCUCCCUCUCCAAAUUUCGUCCCAGCCUACCCACCCCAGAACCCUGUUUACCCUCCAGCUAUGAUCCCCCCUGCCCAGCCUUCACAAUGGAAUGGUCCACCACCAGGCCAGUACCCCCCCGGACCUGCAGCUCCAAUGGGCUGGGCUCCAGCUCCAGCUCCAGUUGUUUAUAGCGCUCCUCCACCAGCAGCAGCCAGUGAGGCCAAGGUGGAAAAUAUGGCUUCCUCUCCUGCCGACCCCCUGCUGACUGCCACACCACAGACUGAAGCUGCCUCCUCUCCUGUGGCUCCGGUGCCCCCCUCCUCCACCAACGUUCUCAGCUCUUCUGAUGGUCCCUACAAGUUCCAGAUCGACGGCAAGAACCAGUCCACCAACUUCCUGUAGGGACGCUGACUCCUGGAGCAGCCCCCCCUUCCCCACCCGCCCCCUCCUCCCUCUGAUGUUACAGUGAGCCUCUGUCACCAGAUUGGAAACAAAGGACAGCAUUUGGACAUUAGAGUCUAUUCUUUGCCUCCUUGCCUUGAUCAGCGUUAAAUCCCCCACCUGAGUGAGAAGAAUGAGCAGUUACCUGUGGUAUAAAAUCUACUGCAGGAUCUCAGUCGGUAGUGUUUUUGGCAGUCAGAAUUUAGGAGUCAGGUCUUUGGGGAUCAGAUUCCCAGAGGUGAGGAGACAAAGAAAGAAAGUUUAUUCCUGAAGUGUUAGCAUGUGGAAUAGAAAUGUAAUAUCAAUAACUGACGAGUAAAUCUUAAAAAACAGGCCUGAGUUCACUUUACCAAAACCUGAAGAGAUGUCAUUAACACAUGACUGUGUUUUCUAACCUAUUUUAUCACUGACUCCAGUCCUGUUUAUGUCUCUUUCUGCAAUUCUUUUUUGUUUUCUAUCUCUGAUUAGAGAGAGCUGGUGUGAUGUGGCAGGAAACAAAGGAUUGCCAGAAAAAGAUUCGAGAUUUACUCCAAAGUCAGAGUCUAGGAGCAAUGGAAGGAAAACAGGAACCUGAGGUUAAAGGCUGACUGAAAAUCACUCAGUAGUAACAGCGAACAGACGUCUUAGAUGAGAGGUGUUUCACUGACACAUGAAGAGCCCUGAGGUGUGUUCAGACUAAACCCGGAGGAAGUUUCUGUCUCAGAACUGACUGGUAACGUUUUUUCUGCAGUCUGUGUGUAUACAGGGCCGGCUCUAGUCAUUUUGGUGCCGUAGGCUAGAUAAGGAUUUGGUGCCCUCCACCACCAACCACAACAUUACCCCACCAGUACCGUCUCAUCACCACCCACUCCUUCGAAAGUGGCUACAGCAUUAGCCGUCGUCACUGAUACUGUUAAUGGCUAACGAUGUUUUAGCUCAAUGCCUUAUGUUCUAGGAAAAACAGGUAUCCAGCUAGUUAGCUACUGGUUUACAUUGGUGGAAAGUAAUUUAGUACAUUUACUCAAGUACUGUACUAAAGUACAAUUUUGAGAUACUUCCACUUCUACUUCUACUUUUAUACUACUUUAUACUUCCACUUAAUUACAUUCCAGAGGGAAAUAUUGUGCUUUCUACUCCAAUACGUUAAUCUACUAGUUUCUUUAAAGAUCAAGAUUUUACACAGUGGAUAAUAUAACAAGCUUUGAAAGUACAACACAUUGUUAAAGAUUAAACCUGUGGGUUCCAACCUUUUCAGCCUCUGACGCUGAGUGAACAGCAGUGUGUGUUCAGCGUCACGUUUUCAGCUCUUCCCUCUUAACUCUUAUGCCAUGGUCUCAUUUUAGUGAAUCCUCAAAUGAUCCAACUUUUCAGCAAAAAUCAAAGAUUGGAGAAGAAGUCACACAAACUGAAAACAGAUUAGUGAAUCAGAACGUUUUUUCUUCCUCCCUCUAAUCUUCUCCUAAACUCUCAGAUUUAUCAGGACAUAUUAAAAACAGCAAUGUUGUAAAUGUUUAUUAUUGGAAUUAAAAGGCUGUUGUUGAUAAUGUUGUUACUGUAAUUGAUUAAUAGAACUAUCUUAGUGACAUUCUGUCAGUGUCCCCUGACUUUCUGCACCUUAAGCAACCACCUACAUCACCUACGUCACCUAUGCCACGAGCCGGCCCUGGUGUAUGAGUAUAAACAGCCAGCUAGCUAGAAACAGGCACUGACUGUUGUGUGUUUAUGUGUUUAUGUGUCUUAAGCUUAGCAGCAGCUCCAGAUGUUUUUGACCUCUGUACCCGGUGACGUGGACUCAUACAGCUUUGUGAUACAUGUGAAUAUUCAGCUGAAACUGUCCUGGUCUGUCCAACUAUGUCUUCGCAUCUAGGUUUUAUGGAGUUGUGCCAUCUUUACAGUUGGCUUCACAUUCAGUCUGAACACAACUCCUGGGCCUGGUCUGUGUUGAAUUAGCCUGUACGGGCCAGGCUCCAAGCAGAGGAGCUGUGUGACAGAGAAUUGCUAAAACAACAGCUACCUCAUUUUUGGAUUCUACUUUCUCAACACAGUCAAGACAGUUUAUAUUGUUUGACGGCAUGAAUUUGUUUGUCGAAGUCAAAUUGGACUCUAUACAAACCCCCAGAUCCUCUGAUAGUGACACUGUAAUUCCAUCCAAGUGAACUGGGUGUGGUGUUAAGUCUGGCUGUUGUAAAUUCUAACAGCUAAACCAUCAUAAUGCUGCCUGAAGAACCACUUUGACCACCUGUCAGAGCGGCCUCAUGCCUUCUUACUAUUACAGCAAAAAAACAUAUCACUCAUCGUCACACACAGCCUUUGAUACGUGUGUCCGAGCUGUGUAUCACCAAAUCACAGUCAAGAAAAUGUAGCUUUAAGGUACAAACAUAUAGGAACACAUACAAAUGAGACAUUAUACAGACCAAGUGCCACCAUACCCACACUUUUUUCAGCUGUGCAGCUUUUUCAUUUCAGUGUUAGUGCUCAUCAGUGGCCUGUUGAGUGUUCCUGUGUCCUUCUUGAUGUCUGGGUUGGAGGUCAAAUACUUUUUAAGCCUUUCUCAGACGUUCACCUUAAAACCACUAAUAGGCCUUUACUGACCCGGAAAUAGCAUCACAAAUUCCUUUCUCUGCCAAAACCUGGUUGCCUUUACAGUGUCUUAGUCUUUAGUCUUUCAUUUUGUAUUUUGAGGGGAGUAAAAACAUCAAACCUUGAUACUGUCAUCUCCACAGGGUAUGCAGACCAGAUGUUAUAGAUGUGCCCAUCGUCUUAGGUUGCCUGGUUUCAGUUUGUGUCCUGUAUUUGGUGUCAAGGCAACUGGGGUUUUGGAGUCGCAUCUUAAACUGGGGCAAACCAGUUCUGGACUACUCUCUCGUCACCACCUCACACAAAAAGAAGCAGUAGGAAGCGUAGGUUGUAGUUUAGUGGCUGUGAACAUACCUCAUAAAAUCUGUCCUUAACUGAGCUAGUCACAUGACCUGAACGUGGUGAGUGCCUUUUCAUCUCUCAGUGUGAAGGUGACUUUGGCCUCUGUCCUCCUCCAUCUUUGUGUCUGGGUAGAUUUUCACAUCAAUGGCAAAAUAAGAUCUGUGUUCUAUUUUUUUUUUUUUUUUUUUACCUUUGUUUCCUAGAUCUGAUGUUAACAUCUUAACAUAGCAAUGGUAACACAAACUGUGGUUUAUAUAAUGUUGAAAAUAUCAUUUUUAUUUUUACUUUUACUUGUGUGUGCGUACGCGUGCGUGUGUGUGCAAAUGUAACUAAUGAUAUUCAUCAAGUGUAGAUGUAGUUGAUAGUUCUGGUUGUUGAUGGAGUUGGAGACAUAAAGCCCACUCUAUUCUCAUGGUAUUUUGGUCUCCCCAGUUCCACAUCCACCUCUGGAUUUUAUGCCAGUGAACUCUGACGUUGGCCUCCUACCUCUCAUUUUAUACCUCUUCAUACUGUACACGUACAACUCAACUGUAUCAAAGAAGCUACGCAUGAAUAAAGAGGCUU